AUGUCUCAUUCAAUGAAUAUGAUUAGUGAUAUAACACCGCUUAAGGAGAAUUGGAAAAUAAAGGUCAAAAUUAUACGUAUUUGGGAAAAACCAGAUUACUACAACAAAACUGAAAUUAAGGCCAUUGAAAUGGUCUUGGUUGAUGAAAAGGUAUUUUUCUGGUCUAAAAUUCAAGCCAUCAUAAAAAAAUCUCUUACUGAUAAAUUUAAGAAUCUUAUGAAAGAAGGAUCUUCGCGCAUUAUUGCUAAUUUUGGAGUUGAAUCAAAUUUGGGCAAACAUAGACCAACUAUCCAUACCUACAGAAUUAAUUUCUUUUACAAGACUAUAGUCAAAGAAUGUGGAGAUGAUGCACUCUCCUUACAUGGUUUGGAACUUGUCUCUUUUGACAAAAUACUUCAAAAUGAAAUUGAUGACACCAUUUUAGUUGAUGUAAUUGGAGAAGUUACCGGAAUCGGUGAUAUGGUAGAUAAAUCAACCACCAACAUCCCAAUCUGGUUUUUGCCACUUGAAAUUGAAGAUAUGAACAAUAAGACAUUAAAAUGCGCAUUAUGGGGAAAGUAUGCUCAACAAAUGGUUGCCUAUAAACAAGAUGAAAGUCAUGAUGGACGCGUUGUUGUUGUUAUUCAAUUUGCUCAAAUCAAGGUUUUCAAAGGUGAAGUUUCAAUUUUAAAUUCACUUUUUGCAACUAAAAUACUGGUCAAUGAAGACAUACCCGAAAUGAAUGAGUUCAAGAAAAGUAUUGCUGAUGGAGAUUGUCAUUCAUCAAGACUAACUCACUUGUCAAGUCAAAGUUCGCAUUCCAUAUCUGAUGAGUUUUUAGUAUUGUCCGAACGUAUACAAUUGGAUGAGAUAUGCAAACAAAAUAAGGAAUGUUCUUGUGUGGUACUUGCGUCCAUUAUUUCUAUAGAAACUGAAACCAAAUGGUAUUAUAAUUCAUGCAAACUUUGUAACAAGAAAGUUGAUUAUGAAGGCGGUGAAAAGUUUUGGUGCUCAAAGUAUGAUUCACAUGUUAAAUCUGCACCACCAAGGUAUAAGGUCACCGUAACAGUGGAAGACGACAACGGAUAUGGAACCUUUAUCAUUUUUGAUCGAGAGAUUUUUCAAAUACUUCAAAUAUCAGCAGUGGAUUUAAAAAAUAAGUCGCACAAGUACAAUCUUGAACAAGACUGGGAUAAAUACACUGUGCUUAAAAUUAGUGAUGAUGAGCAAUUGAUCAAACAAUUUAUGGAGGUCAAUCCUAUUAUAGAGGAACAUGAUGUGGAGGUUGUAUCUUCAAAUGAAUCAAUUAAAACUCCACCGGAGAAAGAAAUUGUGAAGGAAUUAUGUCCUUAG